AUGUGUGGAAAUUACGAACAGAAGCAGUACGGUAUGGCUCACGGUUCGCUCGCGGGAAUGAUUGUCAAAAGUGAAUCUUUAACGGGCCGUGCGGGUGUUGCCGGUUCUUCAUCGCCGUCGGCCACCAACACCGCCACCACCACCGGCAGCACCGUCCACAACUCGGCCAAGAUGGGUUCGAGGCGCAUCUUUACGCCACAGUUCAAGCUACAGGUGCUCGACUCGUACCGGAACGAUGGUGACUGCAAGGGAAAUCAAAGGGCGACCGCCCGCAAGUACGGCAUUCACCGACGGCAGAUACAGAAGUGGCUGCAGGUGGAAACCAAUCUGCGCUCGGUCGUGGCAAACGGUGGUGGUAGCAGCACUAGCAGCAACACCAACACCACCAGCAACGGUGCCGGCGGCACCGGAAGCUCGUCGAGCGGUGUUGUGUCGGGCCACGGCAACGGUGUCGGUGCGAGUAGCAACGGAAACAGUGGCAGUGCAGCGAUGAAAAUAAAUCUCCUAAAUCAUCCGCAUCACCCGCAUUUGCAUCAUCCGGCGCACCAUGUGCAUCACCCGGCCCAUCAUCACCUGCAUUAUCAGCCGAUGCACCACCAUCAUCCGCAUCAUCAUCCGGGAUUGACGGGUCUGAUGCAAGCGCCAUCGGUAGCAGCGGCGCUGCACUACCACCACCAGCAUCAUUUGCACCAGCAGCAGCAGCAGCAGCAGCAGCAGCAGCCGGUGCAUCCAUUGGCGUUUCAUCCGAUCGCUGUCCCACCGGUACAGCAGCCAGUUGGUUUGGAUGUGGUCAGACAACGCGUCGCACGGAAUGGCGCAAGCGCCGCCGGUCUGCUGUCACCCGUGCUAACCCACACAGGUGCAACAUCGGCCGCAAUACCCGUAUCCUCCUGUUCGCCCCUCUCCGUUGCAUCCUCCACCGGAUCACUGUCGUCGUCGUCGCUGUGUUCCGCGGCGUCACCCAACUCGAUGGCACGGCGAUCCCCAUCAUCGCACCAGUUGCUCCAAUUGAGUGAUGCAGCGUCAUCUGGCGGUGAUUCGGCGCACCAGCCGCACCAUCAGCAAUCGGUCAUCUUUUCGCCCGUACCGUUGCUGGCCGCCGCCUCGGCAACACCAUCGCUAACGAACGGUACGACCGACAGUCACUACUAUGGCCAUAUACGUGCGCUCGCUGCAACGGCACAGGCUGCUGCGGCAGCUGCCGCCGCCACCACCGCCCACCGGUACGAUCAUCCGAUCGAUCUAUCCCGGCCCGGUUCACAGUCGCCCGCGCCGUCCGCGGCCAAAACACCCUACGAGUACGAUCGUUUAGUUAAGGAGGAGCAGCUGGAGGGCGAAGAGGAAGAAAUUAGCGUGGAGGAAGUGGAUGAGCAACCGUUCGAACGUGUGGUAGAACAGGCGUGGGAUCUUUCCUGCCGACGGUCCGCCGCCGUCCCAACGCCGGACCGCAAACGUUCUUCCUCCGCGAUGAGCGGUCCGAUCGUAACGCCCGACACAAGCCGUCCGGCCAAAUCGGUGAAACUCUUCAAACCGUACCUGCUGGAUGAGGAGGAACCGGAGCAGAAGGCCCCAAAGCAGCAGCAGCACCAGCGGCCCGAUUCCGCGUUGGCGGACGAUGAUAAGGAUUCGACGCGCGAAUCUCCAGCGAUCGUCGAUCGGCCCAUGUCGCCGGCGAUCGUCGGUAGCCACCGGCAGCAACAGUAUCCCAUCAUCUGGAGCAACAGCUCGCCGGUCGCCGCCACCGCCGCCUACUACGAGCUAAGUCCGCCGGCGUAUCUGCUUGCCUCGCCGCCGCAAACAAUGCUCACCGCUGGUGCACCGGCCGGUACCGUGGUACCGGCCGGGCGCGGUUGGAGCUCACCGCAGGCGUCGCCGGUGUCCGGGUACGAUAGUUCCACCUCGAUCUCGUCCGUGUGCAGCGGGCCGGAGGAGGACAACGCUAGCCACAGCAGUCACAGCAGCUCCAGCCACAGCCACCACCAACACGGUCAGUCGGAGAAGCUGAGGCAGCAGGCCAUCGAUAGCUUCUACCAUGAUGUGGCCUGCCGCGGCGACUAUCGGGCUGUGGCGACCAAGUACAACAUUAAUCGCAAGUACGUGGAGAAGUGGCUGCAGCAGGAGCAGGAAGAUGAUCAUCAGCAUCAUCAGCAUCGCCAUCAUGCCGAGGUGCGAUCACCGCUCGUCGUUUGA